AUGCUCCUUGCCACGCCCAAAUCCUUCCGCAACAACAUUGGGCCACUCAUAGCCAUCGUGAAGAUUGCUAUGCUGUCAUUUGCAUGUAUCUACGACAUGCAACCUAUUUGGGACUGUCUGUACUCUGAAUCUGUUCGCUCCUCGAGCCUGCUUCGAAAUCUAGUGUCGAGAGCGGCCUUGGGGAACGGCGGAUCUCUGUUCCAAAAACAGACUAUGGAUGGGAUUUUGGAUGUUUACGAAGCCGUCUCACGCCUCGAUCAGUUCUUCCACGCCGACCGCAGCAGUACCUCCAGUAUAGAAUGUGAGUGGGCGCGUAUUUUGGCAAGAUCUAGUCCAACGACUCCCUGGACCGAAAGCCAUGAUUAUCUUACUUCAUCUGAAAAAGUCAAUGCAUGCUGCCACCUCUGUUGUUCCAUUUUCUGGACAACCCUGCGACGACGGCAAUUGCACAACGAGCAAGCCCCAGGCCCUACGGACCAGGAUCGGCCCAAUCAGGUGCUUCUAAACUAUAUUCUGCAGGUCGAACCACUAUACUGGAUUCAGAAUGCUCCCGAGGCAUUCACCUGGGUUGCAUUUACAGGCGCUGCUGCGUCCACUCAACCAGGUCUGCGAGCCAACUUCAUCAACCACGCGGCAACUGUAAUCACGGCCAUCGACAGCGAGGACUUGACUCUGAUACGACAGGGGUGGAGGUAUUUUGGACUGAUCAAAAGGCUCGGAGGGGCAUGA